GCACAGGCGGCGCUGAUCCAGGCCCAGGGGGAAGAUCACAGCCACAAGACUCCCAAACAAGCAGCUUCUGCUGAACUCUGGGUCUGGACACACCCCCAAAGCCUGAAAGUGAAAGCAGUUUGUGGGAGUGAGCGGUGGAGGGGGACAUGGCCGGCAGAGAGCAGGACCAGAGCUUAGCAGAGGAUCUCACUUGCCCCGUUUGCCUUGACCUGUUCCGGCAUCCGGUUUAUCUGUUGUGCGGCCACAACUUCUGCCGCUCGUGUAUCGCAGGGUUUUGGGAGAGGCAGGAGGCUCACUCCUGUCCGGAGUGUCGCCAGUUGUGUCCAGGAAGUGAGCUGAAGCCCAAUCGAGUUCUGGCCAGUCUGGCUGAAAAAGCUCGGAAUCUCAGUCUGGAUCCGAAACGGGGAGAAAGGAAACAUUAUUGUGAUGAUCAUCGGGAAGAGCUGAAGCUGUUUUGUGAGACGGAUGAGAAAUUGAUCUGUUUAAUGUGUCUGAUUUAUCCGGAGGAACAGAAUCACAAGUCACACAAUGUCAUGUCGAUAGACAAAGCUGCUGAGAUCUACAAGGAGAAACUGAAAUCAUAUUUCAAUUUGGUUCUCAAGAGAAAGGAUGCUGUUCUCCGAGCUGAAUUUGGACAAAAAGAGAAGAUUUCUGUCCUGAAAGAACAGGCGAGGAGUCUGCAGAACGAUAUCACGGCUGAGUUUGUUGAAAUGCACCAGUGCCUCAAUGACACAGAGCAGCGUGUCGUGCGAGAGCUCAGAGAACGAGAGGAGAAGAUUUUACACCAAAUGGAGGAAGCUUUUACAGCGUUUGAAGAGGAGAUAAAAUCUAUUGACCAAGAAUUAGCAACGUUACAGAGGCAAAUGGACGAACAGGACAUGGGCUCCUUUCUGAGGGAGGAAGUUUCUCGGAAGAUCAGUGUCAGUGAAGAAUGGAUAGAGCCAUCAGUGGUACAAGGAAAUCUGACUCUGGCAAUACCCAAAGGCCUCACAGUGUGGAGAGAAAUGAUCCACACAAUCAGCCUUGCUCCGGCCCGUCUGACUCUGGAUCCUGACACAGCCCAUCGCUGGCUUAUCCUGUCUAAGGAUCUGACCAGUGUGAGAUUCGGGGAAAAAAAUGAGCAGCAGCUCGGUAACAACUGGAAGAGGUUCAGUUACUAUCCCAUUGUCCUGGGAUCUGAGGGCUUCACAUCAGGGAGACAUUACUGGGAGGUGCAGGUGGGCAACAAGACUGAGUGGAUUGUGGGAUUGGCCACAGAGUCCAUUGACAGGAAGCAACAAAUCAAAUGGUCGCCAGAGGGUGGGGUCUGGACUGUGCGGUUGUGGUGUGGGGAUUAUGCGGCUCUGAACUCACCUCCCACUGUCCUGCCCAUGAGAGAGACCCGGGAAGGUCGGAGUUUACUUGGACUAUGAGAGCGGACAGGUGUCAUUUUACAAUGCUGACAACAUGUCUCAUCUCCACACUUUCAUGAACACUUUCACUGAGAGACUUUAUCCUCUCUUCUGUCCCUGGUAUAAUAAUGAUGGGGAAAACUCUGAGCCACUGACAAUCUGCUGGUCACAGGAUAAACCUGUCUCAGCCUGGCUCAGUCAGUAGCGCUCUGGCCUCUGAGUCUGAAGAUUGUGGGUUCAAUCCCCACGUCGGGGAUUUUAAGAUCAGUGACUCCAGUGCGGUCCAAUACGUUGGCACAUCAUCCCGACGUGAAAGGCACUAUACAAAUGUAAUCUUGUUGUUGUUGUUGCAGUCCUGGGGGAAGCUCUGCAUUGUCAGAGUUGCCCUCCUUUAGAUGGAGUGGACAUGAAAGAUCCCACGGUUCAAAGAGGGGAAGCGAGUUUCUCCCAGUGUUCUGGCCAACAAUCCCCCAAAUAAGAUUGGUCAUUUCCUUCAUGGCUGUUUGUGUGCAAUCAAGUGCUUUGGGAUAACCUCCUGACGUGAAAGCUCUUUAUAAGUGUAAAUUGUAUGACAGGAAUAAUAAUAAAAAUCCGUACAUUUGGAAAAGCAGCUUUCACUUUGGGAUGACAUCCCAGGAUACACUGCAAGGUGCAGUGACUGUGUGUUUUAUGGGUGAGCAAAACACAUUGUAUCAUAUUACUCUUAAUGUAAAAUCGUGUGAAGUUUUUUGAGACGUUUCGAUGAUGUGAUUUAGCCCGAAAUCAAAAACAGGGAUUAUUAUGGUCUGGGCGGGAACUUCGCAUAUACUUGAUGUAUCCGGGGGUGAAGUGGUUAAAUUUUACAGGCCGCUUAUCUGGAACAUGGGAAAUUUGGGUGGGUGUCAAUCUGCCGAGCUUGGCAGCGUGAUCUUGUCAGAAGUUUUCACCUUUACUUGACAAUGGCAUUGAGAGUAAAGUGAUAUGUUCAGCAAAGAUAUGGAAAUGUACAAACUGGAUACAUUUUGGGAUAAUUGCAAAUAAUUGUAAAGUGGAAAUUGCACAAAUGUACACUCUCUGCGCAUUACAUAAUUGUGCGAAUAAAGAACCGACCGGAGAAAUCA